AUGAUACGAAAAAUUAAAUUGAUCAUAAUCAUGUUAAUUUUUCAAGUACUAUUGGAUGAAAUAAUAUUAGUAUAUAACCUCCGUUUUAGUGAUAACAAAAAAUAUGAUUUGGCAUUUAUAAAAGGUGAUAAUAAUAAAAUAAUCAUAAGAAAUAAUUCUUUAAGAAAUAACACAAUAAUAAAAAAAACAUGUGAAAAAGAUAAGUUUGUAUUAAAUAACAUAUGUCAAACAAAAGAAGAGAACAAAUUAGUUGAUACAAUUUCAUCGAAUGACAAUAUUACAAUGGAUAGUAAUAAUUUAUUAUAUGAUGAUAUGGAUUUAUUUGAAAAUGAUGGAUUACAAUUAAAGCAAUGGUAUUUUCCAGAAAAAGUAAAAGAGAAAUGGAAAGAAAAACAUAUUGAAAAUGUAAGAGACAAUUAUAAGAAGGUCCUAUUAAAUAAUAAAUAUAAUGAACUAUUUAAUAUGUAUAGAAACAUAAAAAAAAAUAAUAUAGAAAAUUAUAAGAAGAGAGUUAAAACUAAUCGAAUAAAUCCUGUUAUUUAUGUUAAGAAAAGAUUAGUUUCUGCUACAGCCAAAUAUAUUAAAAUGUCUUUUAUGAAAACAAGAAAAAUUCUAUGGAAAAUUAGAUAUAUGCCAAUUAUUAAAGCAUUUGCGUUUCUUUAUUAUUAUGGUACUAAUAAAUAUACAGUCAACAUUUACAAAUGUAUAAAAUCAUGUCUACAUAAUGCUAUUAAUAAAUAUGGAAAAAAUAACAUAAAACCUGUUUUCCAUACUCUCCAAGCUAAUAUGGGAGGAUAUACUAAAAAAAUUAAUAUUAGGGCACGAGGAAAAACAGAUAUCAUAAGAGAACCUCAUACACAUAUUCGUGUCGUUUUAGAAGUUUAA